AAAAAUGCUUCGCACACGUUCAAUUCGUUCAUCUCAACCACCAGCCUUUUUAAUGAAUUUAACUAAACAUUCUGCAUUGAUAGGCUUUUUAUUUUUUGUUUUGGCUGUUAUUUAUACUUUUUUGUUAAUUUCUGGAGAAAUUGGGGAAUAUACAAAAAUACAAGAAAAUGCUCUUUUGGCAGGGCUAGUUGAUGAACGUUGGCAUGAUAUAGAUAAAUUAUCUCAAUUACUUGAGGAUUUGGGUGAAAUUAAAAAUAAUCAAAUUGAAAUACGAAAUUUUAUUUUCGAUGAAUUUGUCAGAAUGCGAGUUGAAGUUUAUCGGCAAAAAUUUAAAUUAUUGCCUUCUUCUAAAUCAAAUAAUACUUCAAAUGGAGAAAAUAUUUACGGAAUUAUUAGGGCAUUCCGGGCUUCGCCUGUUGAGGCUAUUUUAUUGGCGGUACCUACAACUAGUAUUGAGUCAAUUGCUGUGGCUUUGGCUUUUGCUGAUUAUGCUAAGGACCAACUUUACUGGUCCCGUGAUUUGGUUUUUCUUUUUGUUGAUGGGGGAACAACUCAAUCUGCCGAUAUCUGGCUUUCUGCUUAUCAUGGACAACAACAAAAGGAGGGAAUUGAAUUAAUUGAUGAGGAAUUAGUGGCACAUGGAGGGACUUUUAUUGGGGCGUUUGGAUUGGAUAUUAAUGGAAAUAUUUUCGGAGAUGUUGAAGUAUUACAUGGAAUGAUUAAUGGAAAAUUACCAAAUAUGGAUCUCUUUGAUUUGGCUGUUUUAUUAACAGAAAAAGCUGGGGCAAUUCCAACAGUUCAUAAAAUAACACGGGCAAGAAAUCAUUUUAAUUUUAGAGGAGCUGCAAAUACGUUUUUGAAUGGAAUUAUUUCUCUUAGUUUUAACGAAUUAGAACCUUUUACUGCCAUUUAUGGACGUUAUGGGAUUAAUGCAGUUACCUUACGUGCUCACAAAAAACAUUCUGGGCCAAUUUCAAUUGAUUUGUCUGAUAUUGUUAAAAUUAUUGAAGGGGGAAUGCGUUCUUUAAAUAAUUUAUUAGAAAAAUUCCAUCAUUCCUAUUUACUUUAUUUAAUUAUACAUCCACAUAGAUUUGUCCCAGCAGCACUUUAUAUGCCUUUAUUUGGGUUAAUUGUUGCUCCUAUGUUUUUACCGGUAAUUUUUUUUGUAAAUUUUAUUAAAUUAUUAAAAUUAAAGUCAUGCCUGAUUAAAUUAAAAUAGCACCCAGUUUUUGAUUGUAGACAAGUCUGAGAAACUAAAAAAACAACAAUCUUCCCUCUCC